AUGAAAGUAACUGUUUGUGGAGCCGCCGGUGGUAUUGGACAACCAUUAUCAUUAUUAUUAAAAACCAACAACUUAAUCGAUGAAUUAGCACUUUAUGAUAUCGUUAAUGUUUUCGGAGUUGCAGCAGAUUUAAGUCAUAUUAACAGUAAUGCAGUAGUGACAGGCUAUCAACCAAAGGAUAAAUCCGAUCAACUGGCUAUUAGAACAGCUUUAGCUGGAUCAAAUUUAGUUAUCAUCCCAGCAGGUGUUCCUAGAAAACCUGGUAUGACCAGAGCCGAUUUAUUCAAUAUAAAUGCUUCUAUCAUUAGAGAUUUAACUAAAAAUAUUGCUUUAACAUGCCCAGAUGCUUCUAUUUUAAUCAUUUCCAAUCCUGUUAAUUCAACCGUCCCAAUAGCAGCAGAAGUUUUGAAGAAAUUUGGUGUUUUCAACCCCAAAAAAUUAUUCGGUGUCACAACAUUAGAUUCUGUUAGAGCCGAAACAUUCUUAGGUCAAUUAAUUGGAGAAUCUCCAAAUAGUGUCAAAGGUAAGAUAUCAGUCAUUGGUGGUCAUUCUGGUGAUACUAUCAUUCCUUUAGUCAACAUCACCAAAUCAAUUAGUGAUAAAGUUUCUAACUUCUCCGAUAAAACUUACGACGAGUUCAUUCAUAGAGUUCAAUUCGGUGGUGAUGAAGUAGUGAAAGCUAAGAACGGUGCAGGUUCAGCUACUUUAUCAAUGGCUUAUGCUGGUUAUAGAUUUGCUGAAAACAUCUUACAAUCAUUCUUCUCAUCAACUUUCAAUUCAACUUAUAUUCCAGACUCGGCUUUCAUUUACUUACCAGGGUUCCAAAAAGGUGAAUUACUAGUAUCUAAGAAAUUGAAUGGCGUUGAAUUCUUUUCAGUACCAGUUGCUUUAAAAAAUGGUGAAGUUGAAUCUUUUGUUGAUCCUUUUGAAGACUUAACUAUCACCAACAAAGAACAAAAAUUGAUCGAAGUUGCAUUAGAUGGAUUGAAGAAAUCUAUUGAUCAAGGUGUUAGCUUCGUCAAAGGAUCUAAACUUUAG